AUGUCUUCUAGUGGUUCCACCAUCCAGAAUAUCAAGCCUCACGAUGUCACAGCUUGGACUCAUGACAUUGAAAUGCAGAUGCUCCAGGGAGAGAUUCUUGUGCUGAAGAAGAAUCUCACUGAGGCUAACAUCAAGCAAAUCGAGGAGAAGGAGGAGAGUAUCGCUGAAAAGAAGACUGCCUUGGAGAAGCAUUGUCUUCAGUUCGGCAUGACACAUGGCAACUACGGUACUGAGAAAAGUGAGCAUGCUGGUGCAAUGACCAAUGGUGGUGUCAAGAACGGAUCUGCUUCGGCUGAUGUGAAGAUGGAUAUGGAGAACACCAUGUCCAUCGAUGCCGCCGCCGACGCUGCUGCCAGCGCCGCCCUUGACGAGAUCAAGUUCCCUGAGUCGACCGCCGUCGACAUUCCUAACAACAUCGAUGUCCACCAGAAGACCGGUAUGGCUGUCUCUCACGAAGCCCCUGUCGGUGUCAACAUGAACGACCCCUUCAUCGCUCCUGCUGAUCACAGCGCUACCACCGCCGGUUUGUUCCAUGCCUCCACUGGAACCUACCACAGCGAUCCCUUUGGUCCCUUCGCCGGUGGCUACGCACCAGCCCAUACCGGCAAUGAUCCCUUCAUCAACCAGAACGUGGGUCACACUGGCUCCACUGCUCAGCCUACCAUUGACAUCAACGACUUCCUCAACGAAAACGGUGGUGAGGUCAACUACACUACUUCGGGUGGUCUUGGUGAUGCUGGUAUGGGCUUCGGUGAGGAUGAGAUGGACAUGGACACUAUGGCUACUCAUACUCCCAUGCCUGACUUCGAAGAGCCUGUCAUCCCUGGCAUGGAGAAGUACGACAACCUCUAA